GGGCGCUUGUCCAAGCUUGUUCUGUUUCCUCUUGCUCAUUCGUCCUCAUCUGCAGCUCCUUUCGGUGCAGCUUUCCGACCCGACUAUCAAACUCCCCUUUAAACAACGUUGGUCAGCAGUGUCUCUUUUCUCUAGUCGGUGUUCAUCAACAUUUCGCUUACGUUCAUCGAACCGCACACCAACAAUAGCCUUUCAGAUCUACAGUAAAACCGCCACACGACGACAGUUUGCAGGAGGAAGCAGAGAAGAGAGAAGAGAGAUGGCGGAGAGCAGGUCAGCUGGCAGUAGUGGUGGGACGGCAGGGUUCUUGGCCAGACGGGUUCAGAAGCAGCUGAGCCGGGCCCAGGAGAAGGUCUUGCAGAAGCUGGGGAAGACAGUAGAGACCAAAGAUGAGCAGUUUGAGCAGUGCUCUCAGAAUCUCAACAAACAGCAGAAUGAUGGGAACAGGUUGUUCAAGGACAUAAAGGCAUACUUCAGUGCUGUGAAAGGAAUGCACGAGACCUCCAAGCGUCUGUCCCAGUGCCUGAAAGACAUCUACGAAUCAGACUGGCAGGGCAUGGAGGACCUGUCCAUCAUUGUGGAGAGUGAGGACCUUCUGUGGAAUGACUACGAGGAGAAGCUAGCUGACCAGACCGUUCGGACCAUGGAAAAUUACAUCAGCCAGUUCCCUGAAGCCAAGGAGAGAGUGGCCAAACGUGGCAGGAAGCUGGUGGACUACGAUUCCUCCCGUCACCACCUGGAGGCGCUGCAGAGUGCUAAAAAGAAAGAUGAAACUAAGAUAGCCAAGGCAGAGGAGGAGUUUAACAAGGCGCAGAGUGUCUUCGAGGACAUCAACAAGGAACUGCGGGAAGAGCUGCCAGUGCUAUAUCAGAGCCGGAUCGGAUGCUAUGUGACAGUUUUCCAGAACAUCUCCAAUCUAAGGGAUGUGUUCUACAAAGAGAUGAGCAAGCUCAACAAUGAGCUGUACAGCAUCAUGAAGAAACUGGAAACACAGCAUUCAGACAGGGCCUUCAUCAUCAAAGGCUGGCAGAGCAAUAGCACUGGCAAUGGGACCAAGAAGAGGCGGUCCCUGAUGAUCUCUGCCCCCAUCCCAUGCAACACCGCAUUCCCCUCGGAUCACAGCACCAGCCUCACCCCCAUCCAGAAGGAUGGCACCAGCUCCGCAGAGUCACGGGAGAAGGAGGCAGAGGCUGCUCCUGUGCCAGCCACAGGGAGUGCACAGGACCCCCAUGGUACCCCCACUGAUGAGACCUCUGAAUGUGAAAGUCCUAAGAGGGAUUCGAGCCCCAUCCCUGACCCCAUGGCUGGACACCCUGGCUGGGAGGAAGCCAUGCCUGUGGAUUUGGCCAUGAAGGCAGGGGGAGCAGAAGAGAAGCAUGAGGAGGAAGGGGAAAAGGAAGUGGAGGAUUUGGAGCCCCCUGGAGCCCAAACAGAGCACAGUUCCACUCAGGACUGGAUGGUCCAUGCUCCAACGCAUGACAGAAGUGACAAGGGUGAUGGUGCCUUUGAGGUGGAGCCACCAGGGACGGCAGACAGCAGACCCAAACCCGCCCCGCGACGCUCCCUUCCUUCCCUGGAGUUAACACCUUCAGUGGCACUGGGCCCAGAGCCCAUGGAGGGAGAUAGAGACGAGGCUGCAGAACAGCCCUCUUUGGACACAAAUGGCAUAGACGCAGACACUGCUGGCCAAUCAGACGCUGAGAAUCCCACCAGCUUUCUCUACAAGGGGGUGGCAUUGGAGAGCCAUCUAUCGCAGGAGCCAGGAGAGCUACAGUUCCAAGAGGGCGAUAUAAUUCUAGUCCUGGACAAUAUCAAGCAAAUGCCUGAAGGCAUGGUGAGGGGAGUGAAGGAGAGUGACUGGAUUCAGCACAGGAGUGCAGUGGAUCACUCUGGGAUCUUCAUGGAGGACUUGAUCCAGCGGGUUGAAGCAGAGUAAUGCUGAAGACAUCUGGGGAUUGUGGGAAAUAAAGCCAUUGGGAGACUGGCAUUCUGUUAGAGGACUUCUCAUUCACUGUUUUUGUGGUUGCAAUAGUUUUUCCCCCUCAUAGUGGACAUAAUCAAACACACACAGUAUGGACCACCCCCAGAUCUCGCCCUGCUAUCCAUUUCAGAGGCACUUCAGCAGAAAAUGGAGCACAUGUGAUUGGUUGACUGAAUCAUCUCCAGAUCUGUGACUUGGCUGAAUUAAUCAAAAUAUUUUUCCUCCUGGCUAAUUGCAAAGUGUUGUCCUAUAUUGAAUAUUUACAUUAGGCAUAGUGCUGACCCAGAAUGCCAAACUGUAUUGAUACAUACUGAUAAAUUUCUAUUGUGGUAAGUACCAAAACAAUCGGCAUCCAUAGGGAAUAGAUAUGUAAUUUGCAGUUAUUCAGAACACCUUUGCAGAUUUAUGGCAACCUACUGUAAAAAGAUAAUUUGCUAUUUUGACAUGAUUGGCUUCAUAAGUGUUU